GUAGCUGGGUAAGGUCUUCCCGUCCUAAGGAGAAAUUGGUGGCUGCGGGAGGUCUUCGUGGACUGGGAGUCGAACCUGACCGACGCGGCAGUGCGGUCGUACCAGUAUCCAAAAGAAGGACCGGGAGGAGGAUGAGAGCGUUAUUGCUGCACACUUAAGUCAAGGUUCUCAUGCCUUGCCCCACUGCACCGAAUCCUGAGUUCACAGAGAGGUUCUGGAUUGGAGAGGUGAUCCCUUCUCAGCUCUGAAAGGGAAGAAGCCUGAGGAAGAUUGACCAAUUUUGUAAUUCUAGAAACAUGGUCCAUGGAUCAGUGACAUUCAGGGAUGUGGCCAUUGACUUCUCUCAGGAGGAGUGGGAGUGCCUGCAGCCUGAUCAGAGGACCUUGUACAGGGAUGUGAUGUUGGAGAACUACAGCCACCUGAUCUCACUGGCAGGAAGUUCCAUUUCUAAGCCAGAUGUGAUUACGUUACUAGAGCAAGAGAAAGAGCCCUGGAUUGUUUUAAGGAAAGAAACAAGCAGAUGGUAUCCAGAUUUGGAGUCAAAACAUGGACCUGAAAAAAUAUCUCCAGAAAAUGAUAUUUUUGAAAUAAAUUUACCCAAACAUGUUAUAAAGCAAAUAAGUAUAACACUUGGCCUUGAGGCCUUUUAUUUUAGAAAUGACUCAGAAUAUAGAAGUAGAUUUGAGGGACUACAGGGACAUCAAGAAGGAUAUAUCAAUCAGAAGAUCAUCGGCUAUGAAGAAAUUCCUACUUAUGCUUCUCUUAUUUAUAAUACACAUAAACCCUAUGAAUGUAAGGAAUGUGGGAAACACUUUAGUCGUGGUUCAAAUCUUAUUCAGCAUCAGAAUAUUCAUACUGGAGAGAAAACCUAUAAAUGCAAAGAAUGUGGGAAGGCCUUUCAAGUUCACAUACAACUUACUCGACAUCAGAAAUUUCAUACUGGUGAGAAACCUUUUGAAUGUAACGAAUGUGGAAAAGCCUUUAGCCUUCCCACCCAGCUUAAUCGCCAUAAGAACAUUCACACAGGUGAGAAACUGUUUGAAUGUAAGGAAUGUGGGAAGUCCUUUAAUCGUAGCUCAAACCUUACUCAGCAUCAAAGUAUUCAUGCUGGUGUAAAACCACAUCAAUGUAAGGAGUGUGGGAAAGCCUUUAAUCGUGGUUCAAAUCUUAUUCAGCAUCAAAAAAUUCAUUCCAAUGAGAAACCCUUUGUAUGCAGGGAAUGCAAGAUGACCUUUCGAUAUCAUUACCAACUUGUUGAACAUUGCCAAAUUCAUACUGGCGAGAAACCCUUUGAAUGUAAAGAAUGCAGAAAGGCCUUUACUCUUCUGACAAAGCUUGUUCGACAUCAGAAGAUUCAUAUUGGUGAGAAGCCCUUUGAAUGUAGGGAAUGCGGGAAGGCUUUUAGUCUUCUCAAUCAGCUUAAUCGCCAUAAGAACAUUCACACAGGUGAAAAACCAUUUGAAUGUAAAGAAUGUGGGAAGUCUUUUAAUCGUAGUUCAAACCUUAUUCAACAUCAGAGUAUUCAUGCUGGUGUAAAACCAUAUCAAUGUAAGGAGUGUGGGAAAGGCUUUAAUCGUGGUGCAAAUCUUAUUCAGCAUCAAAAAAUUCAUUCCAAUGAGAAACCCUUUGUAUGUAGGGAAUGUGAGAUGGCCUUUAGAUAUCAUUACCAACUUACUCAACAUUGCCAAAUUCAUACUGGUGGGAAGCCCUUUGAAUGUAAAGAAUGUGGGAAGGCCUUUAGUCUUCUGACACAGCUUGCUCGACAUAAGAACAUUCAUAGUGGUGAGAAACCAUUUGAAUGUAAAGACUGUGGGAAGGCCUUCAAUCGUGGCUCAAACCUUGUUCAACAUCAGAGUAUUCAUACUGGUGAGAAGCCCUAUGAAUGUAAGGAGUGUGGGAAGACUUUUAGGCUUCACCUACAACUUUCUCAGCAUGAGAAAACUCAUACAGGUGAGAAACCCUUUGAAUGUAAGGAAUGUGGGAAAUUCUUCCGUCGUGGUUCAAAUCUUAAUCAACAUCGAAGUAUUCAUACUGGAAAGAAACCCUUUGAAUGUAAGGAAUGUGGGAAAGCCUUUCGACUUCAUAUGCACCUUAUUCGACAUCAGAAAUUUCAUACUGGUGAGAAGCCCUUUGAAUGUAAGGAAUGUGGCAAGGCCUUCAGUCUUCACACCCAGCUUAAUCGCCAUAAGAACAUUCACACAGGUGAGAAGCCAUUUGAAUGUAAAGAAUGUGGGAAGUCCUUUAAUCGUGUCUCGAACCUUGUUCAACAUCAGAGUAUUCAUGCUGGUGUAAAACCAUAUGAAUGUAAGGAGUGUGGGAAAGUCUUUAAUCGUGGUUCAAACCUUAUUCAGCAUCAGAAAAUUCAUUCCAAUGAGAAACCCUUUGUAUGUAAGGAGUGUAGGAAGACCUUUAGAUAUCAUUACCAGCUUAUUGAACAUUACCAAAUUCAUACUGGUGAGAAACCCUUUGAAUGUAAAGAAUGUGGAAAGGCCUUUAGUCUUCUGACACAGCUUGCUGGACAUCAGAUCAUUCAUACUGGUGAGAAGCCAUUUAAAUGUAAGGAGUGUGGGAAGGCCUUUAAUCAUGGCUCAAACCUUGUUCAACCUCGGAGUGUUUAUAAUGGUGAGAAACCCUAUGAAUGUAAGGAGUGUGGGAAGGCUUUUAGACUUCACCUACAACUUUCUCUGCAUCAAAAACUUGUACAGGUGAGAAACCGUUUGAAUGUAAGAAAUGUGGGACAGCCUUCAGACAUCAGUAGCAACUUAUUGAACAUCAGAAAAUUCAUACUUGGGUGAAAACCUUUGAAUGUAAGGAAUGUGGGAAGGCCUUUCAAUAUAAUUACCAAUUUCGUGGACAUGAUAGAUUUCGUAUUCGUGAGGACCCUUAUGAAUGUCAAGGAUGUGGGAAAUGCAUUACCAGUGGUAGAAACCUUAGAGUACAUCAGAGAAUUCAUACUGGUGAGAAAACAUAUCAAUGUGAAGAAUGUGGGAAAGCCUUUAGUCAUAGUUCAAACCUAUGAAACAUGUUAAAGUUCAUACUGAUGAGAAACUCUAUGAAUGUAAUGAAUGUGAAAAGGCCUUUAGCAGUAAUUAUGAACUUACUUACUGUACAUCUGAGAAUCCAUACUGCUGAGAAACCCUGUGAGUGAGUGUAAAGAAUGUGGAAAACUUUUGGAUUUAGCUUAGUCUUUACUGCACAUCAAAUAAUUCAUACUAGUGUGAACCGUAUGAAUGUAAAGAAUGUGGAAAGACCUUUACUUGUAGCUCAAGCCUUGUUCAACAUGUUAAAAUUCAUACUGGUGAGCGACCCUGUGAAUGUAAAGGAUGUGGGAAGACCUUUAGAUUUAGUUCAGUCCUUUCUGCACAUCACAGAAUUCAUACUGGCAUGAAACCCUAUGAAUAUAAAGAAUGUGAGCAAACCCUUACUGUGAAUGAUCUGCUUACUCAACAUCAGAAAAUUCAUAAUAGUUAGAAGUGUUAUGAAUAUAAGGAGUGUAGACAAGCCUUCACUGUGUAUGAAAAAUUUGCUCAACACCAGAGAAUUCAUAUUGAUGAGAAAUCCUGUGAACAUAAAAGAAUGUGUGAUGAACUUUCAUUGUGGCCUGGGAUUUGCUCAACAUCAGAGUAUUCAUACUGCUGAGCACUCCUUUGAGUGUAAGGAAUGUGGGAUGUUUUAUAGCCACACUAAAUGACUUAAGAGUUCAAAGAAGGUAAUUUUAGUGAGAAAGUUAUUGAUGUGAGGAAUGUAGAGUAGCCGCCAUGUUCACAGUUUACUGCCCAUGAAAUAUUUUACUGGAUACAGGCAUACUUGCUUAAUUGUGCAUUGCAGUUACUGGAUUUUAUAUACAGUGAAGGUCUGCAGCAACCUUGCAGUGAAUAAGUCUGUCAGCACCAUUUUCCAAACAGCAUGUGCACAUUUCAUGUCUUUGUGUCACACUUUGGUAGUUUUCAUAAUAUUUCAAACUUUUUUAUUGUUAUAUGUGUUAUGGUGAUCUGUGA